AUGACAGGAGAGGAAGAUAAGAAACAACACUAUGAUGCCUCUGGUGCAUCAGCUGUCGAUGACAAAACCGCGACAGCUAUCUUGAGAAGAAAGAAGAAGGAUAAUGCCUUGGUUGUUGAUGAUGCAACCAACGAUGACAAUUCAGUCAUCACUAUGUCAUCCAACACCAUGGAGUUAUUACAAUUAUUCCGUGGUGACACCGUCUUGGUCAAGGGUAAAAAGAGAAAGGAUACCGUGUUGAUUGUUCUUGCUGACGACGAUAUGGACGAUGGCGUUGCCAGAAUUAACAGAUGCGUGCGUAACAACUUGCGCGUCAGGCUAGGUGAUAUUAUCACUGUUCAUCCAUGUCCUGAUAUCAAGUAUGCUAACAGAAUCUCAGUCUUGCCAAUUGCCGACACCAUUGAGGGUAUCACAGGAUCAUUGUUUGACCUCUACUUGAAACCAUACUUUGUUGAGGCUUAUAGACCUGUGAGAAAAGGUGAUUACUUUACAGUAAGGGGUGGUAUGAGACAAGUUGAGUUUAAAGUUGUUGAAGUUGACCCAGAAGAGAUUGCAAUCGUUGCCCAAGAUACCAUCAUCCAUUGUGAGGGAGAACCUAUUAAUCGUGAGGAUGAAGAAAACAAUAUGAAUGAGGUUGGUUACGAUGAUAUUGGUGGAUGCAAGAAACAGAUGGCUCAAAUUAGAGAGUUGGUGGAAUUGCCAUUGAGACAUCCUCAAUUGUUCAAGUCGAUUGGUAUCAAGCCACCAAAAGGUAUUUUGAUGUACGGACCUCCAGGUACUGGUAAAACAAUUAUGGCCAGAGCUGUGGCCAAUGAAACUGGUGCGUUUUUCUUUUUAAUCAACGGUCCAGAAAUCAUGUCCAAGAUGGCUGGUGAAUCAGAAUCGAAUUUGAGAAAGGCUUUUGAGGAGGCGGAAAAAAACUCUCCUUCAAUCAUUUUCAUUGAUGAAAUUGACUCCAUUGCACCAAAGAGAGACAAGACUAAUGGUGAAGUUGAAAGAAGGGUUGUUUCACAAUUGUUGACUCUUAUGGAUGGUAUGAAGGCCAGAUCUAAUGUUGUUGUUAUUGCUGCCACCAAUAGACCAAAUUCCAUUGACCCUGCUUUGAGAAGAUUUGGUAGAUUUGAUAGAGAGGUUGACAUUGGAGUGCCAGAUGCCGAGGGCCGUAUGGAAAUUUUGAGAAUACACACAAAGAACAUGAAGUUGGCCGAAGACGUUGACUUGGAGGCAAUUGCUUCGGAAACUCAUGGUUUUGUUGGUGCUGAUAUUGCAUCAUUGUGUUCUGAGGCAGCCAUGCAACAAAUCCGUGAAAAGAUGGAUCUUAUUGAUUUGGAAGAGGAGACAAUUGACGCUGAUGUUUUGAACUCGCUUGGUGUUACUCAAGAAAACUUUAGAUUUGCUCUUGGCAACUCCAACCCAUCUGCGUUGCGUGAAACUGUUGUUGAGAACGUCAAUGUUACUUGGGACGAUAUUGGUGGUUUGGACAACAUCAAGAAUGAAUUGAAGGAAACGGUUGAGUAUCCUGUAUUGCAUCCUGAACAAUAUCAAAAGUUUGGUUUGGCUCCUACCAAGGGUGUUUUGUUCUUUGGUCCACCUGGUACAGGUAAGACUUUGUUGGCCAAAGCAGUUGCUACAGAAGUAUCUGCCAACUUCAUCAGUGUUAAAGGUCCUGAGUUGUUGAGUAUGUGGUACGGUGAGUCGGAAUCCAAUAUCCGUGAUAUUUUCGACAAGGCAAGAGCUGCUGCUCCAACUGUUGUGUUUUUGGAUGAAUUGGAUUCCAUUGCUAAGUCAAGAGGUGGCUCAAAUGGUGAUGCGGGCGGUGCCUCGGAUAGAGUUGUUAACCAGUUGUUGACGGAAAUGGAUGGUAUGAAUGCCAAGAAGAAUGUAUUUGUCAUUGGUGCCACCAACAGACCUGAUCAAAUUGAUCCAGCCUUGUUGAGACCUGGUAGAUUAGAUCAGUUGAUUUAUGUUCCAUUACCCGAUGAGGCAGCUAGACUUUCUAUCUUGAAUGCUCAAUUGAGAAACACGCCUUUGGAACCAGGAUUGGACUUGAAUGAAAUUGCCAAGAUUACUCAUGGUUUCUCUGGUGCUGAUUUGAGCUACAUUGUACAAAGGGCUGCCAAAUUUGCCAUCAAGGAUUCCAUUGAAGCCCAAGUCAAGGCCAACAAAGAGAAGGGUGAAGAUGUUGAAAUGAAAGGUGAUGGUGGUGCAGUUGAGGAGGAGGCUGAUCCAGUCCCAUACAUUACCACCUCACAUUUCGAAGAGGCAAUGAAAACGGCCAAGAGAUCUGUUUCUGAUGCUGAACUACGUCGUUAUGAGGCAUAUGCCCUGCAAUUGAUGGCAUCAAGGGGCCAAUUCACCAAUUUCAAGUUUAAUCAAGGUGGUGCAUCAUUUGGCACUGAAGAGCAAAAUCAAGAAGAGGAUGAUUUGUACAGUUAG